AGGGUGGGCAUGGAGUGAAAGGCGCCCGGUGAAGCCUGCCGCCUAGGGGAGGACGUGAGUGUUCCUGGACAAUGGGGGCUGGUGGUUGGGGUGCAAGCAGAUUUGCCCUCUGUGGUGGGCAGUCAGCUUGGCCUUUCUUGAGAGAAGGGAAGUCUAUUGCGUGGGGCAAUAAACUUAGAAAAUUUGAAAAGACGCCAUGACAGAUACAAAAAUAAAAACACAAAAAAUUCAAAAUUCUACCAUCCUAACAGUGAUUUCCAGUUGGGUUUUCAUGUUAUCUUCCCUUGUGUCUGGCUUUUGCAUUGUUAUACUCAAGGAGAGUGUACCGUUUGUCAUUCUACUGCUUUUGUUUGACCCAAUGGCAUGAAUCUGCCCCUUCCACCAUAUGCAUCAGAGGCAGGUCCUCUCCACCACCCCACUAGGUGUCCGGGGUGCCCUUUGGUUGUAUAGUUAUCCUAGGGAUGCAAUGGAAAACUUCUCCUAGUGUGCACGUGUUGUCUGUAUUAGGGUGUUGACUGCCACUGGAUGGCACUGCUCACUGGGCUGGCAGCUGGUGGGUGCUUGGAGCAGAGAAGGAAGUUUCUAUUCACAGGAAGCCCUAAGCAGGGACCAGCUGGGACCUCAGGUCCUGACGGUGAGAAGGCUGAGGGGUCAGCCAUGAGGGCUAGUUCUACCCUGUCUCCUGGGAACCCACCAAGGCCUUGGUUCCUUCUCUUGCUCUUGCCCUGUUGCCAGCACACCUGACAACAAAUGCCAUGCUUUGGCAAUUCUCCAAGUCUGGCUUGUCCCAUGUCCUCCACUGCAGACUCCCCUUUCCUUCUGUACUUUCCUGGCUCCCCCAGGAUACACCCCCUUCCGACCCCGCUGCUUUCAUCCCUCCACUCCAGAAGCCCUGUCCUAACUGCAGCUUCGAUUAUAGCAACAUUGGUGUAUGUGUCUGUUUUUGCACAAGCACCAUGCUGUUUUGGUUAAAGUUGGUUAACUUUAGUGGUUGCUCACUACCUGGGUGAUAGGACAAUUAGCAUAUUCCAAAUAUCAGCAUCACACAAUAUACCCUUGUAACAAACCUGCACAUGUACCCUCUGAAUCUCAAAUAAAAGUGGAAAGUAAACACACAAAAAACCUCAUAGCAACAGAAAAACUGGUUGAGAUUAGGAGGGCUCAUUCUUAGCGGUUGUUUUAUGGGAGCAAAAUGUCAAUACCUGUAUCUUGGUAUUUGUUUCCUGCAUUAAUAAAAUACUGGGGUGAAUACCUGUUUUAUAUGUAAAUGUUUUCAGAAUUUAUUGCAUUAAAAAACACUGGAACUAUGUAUUUAAUAUAUUUUGAAAAAAAUUAGAAAAACACUGCAAAACAUCAAAUAAAACACAAAAAUUUCAAAUCUCCAGCCAAGCAAAAAGCCCCAUGUGCGUGCUCUUAGUCUCUUAGGUGAGGGAAGAGACUUACUAAUAGUCUGCCCUGAGGAAACCACUCCCAGGAAUGGGUCCAAACUCCUUUUAGUGCACACCUCCCUUUCCCCCCAAAACAGGCAUUACUAUUUUCCUACCAAAUUUUCCUAUGAAGGCAUAAUUACCAUUUUGAUGACAACACACAGAUCCUUCCUGCUGAUGUUCAACUUUUGCUAAUGUCCCUUACUUCUUGACAUUCUGGGUGUCCUUUCCUCCCCCUAGUUACAGAUUGCUUGUGCGAAUACGUUAAUAAAUACCGCUUUUAGCUGUGAAGUUAUUAAGAGUGUGAGUUAUUACAGAUUGUUCUGUGGCUGGAGCUCAGCGCUGGACUAUGUUUUAUGUUUUGACUGGUGCCCUUUGUGUGCAGCUCAGAGCCACAGUGUUAGUUUAGGAACAUACAAAUCUACCAUAUGCAAUGAAUGAUCAGGAAACUGUUGAAUUUGGUGAGUAACAACUCUCUCAGAGGCCAGGCACUGUGGCUCACACCUGGAAUCCUAGUACUUUGGGAGGCUGAGGUGGGAGGAUCACUUGGGCCCAGGAGUUUGAGACCAGCUUGGGCAAUAUAGUGAGACUUUGUCUUUAUAAAAAAAAAAAAAAAAAAUUAGCCUGGUGAGGUUGCUCCUGUGGUCCUAGCAACUCAGUAGGCUGAGGUGAGAGGAUCACUUGAGUCCCAGAGGUCGAGGUUGCGGUGAGCCGUGUUCAUGAGACUGCACUCCAGCCUGGGUGACAGAGUGAUACCCUGUUUCUAAAAAACAAAACAAAACAGGACAAAACAAACAAGAAACAACUUUAAAAUGUUUAGAAGAAAAUAUAGAAAAAGAUCGUUAUGACCUUGGGGGUGGUGAAGGUUUCCUUAAGAAGAAAAAGAACAUAGCCCAGAAAACGCUUUACUGCAUUUAAAUGAAAAAUUUGUGUUAAUCAAAAAGCAUCAUUAAAAAGUACAGAGCUAGACUCUGCCUCAAACAACAACAAACAGACAAAAAAACUUUCCAAGAAACUGAGAACCUUAAAAAAAAAUCUGUGGGUGUGGGUGUCAAUCUCCCCAGCCUCCUGCCUCAAAUUUGGGAAUAAAAAUGAGACUUUCCCCCCACCUUUUUUUUUGGUUCUCCCAUUUGAGGUCAGGGCUUGGGCCUGGGAAUGAGGGAGCCCACAGGGUCAGGCUGCCCCGGGCCCUGGACACUGGCAUCUACCUUUUCCUCCACGUGGCAGGAGACCGGGCCAGCCUUGGGCUGCCACUACCGGUCCUUUGGCUCCCCCUGCCGACCAUCCAGUCUCCAAUCGUCAUGGUCUUGCCUGCGGAGAGGCCUGAGGGGUCUAGCAGAGUGCUGGGAUUGCCAAGGGAGAAACACUGAUGGCCAGAUGUUUGAACAACAGCUGGCUGGAGCAGAAGCCAGACCCCUCUGCUCUUCUUUAGGGUCAAAUCUCAAGUCACAUUGCCCCAGUGAUGGGCAGCCCUGCCCUGUAAGGAAAAGACUGAGCUAGACUUCUCAGUCCCAAUUUGUCUUCCACAUUGCUGUUACAUUUGGCUCUUUGGGCUGGGUGCAGUGGUUCACACGUGUAAUCCCAGCACUUUGGGAGGCUGAAGAGGGUGGAUCACUUGAGGUCGGGAGUUCGAGACCAGCCUGGCCAACAUGGCAAAACCCUGUCUCUUCUAAAAAUACAAAAAUUAGCCGGGUGUAGUGAUGCAUGCCUGUAAUCCCAGCUACUCUGGAGGCUGAGGCAGGAGAAUUGCUUGAACCUGGGAGGUGGAGGUUGCAGUGAGCCAAGAUUGCACCAUUGCACUCCAGCCUGGGCGACAGAGUGAGACUCACUCUCAAAUAGCACCAAUCAACCAAACAACAAAAACAACAAAAAGAAAACAUUUGCCUUUUUUGCUAAUAAAACUGGUCUGUAGCUUAAAAUCCUAUAUUGACUUCCUAUAAUGCCCAUAGAACAAGAUCUAACUCCUCAGGCUUGCACCCAAGGCCCUUCUCAAUUUUGUCUCAGUCUUUUCUUCUGUUUAUUUUUUCAUCAAUUUGCCCCCUUCCCUAGGCCUGGAUCUGUGCCUUGGGCAGAGAUAUUCUUAGAGACAAAGGAAACCUUUGCUCCAGUUAUGUGUAGAGAAGUUUGGGGUUAUAACAACAUGUGAGUGCAAGGUGUUAUUUGGCCUGAUGGCUCAGGCAGAGGAAUAACAGAUUAUGAUGUUUGAAAGAUUAAAGUGGAAACAAACAAAAUGCACCAUAGCAUAAUAAAGCCAGUAUUAAUAUUUUACAAAGAGGAUGUUGAAGUUGUAUUAAUAGGGGGAUGUGCUUCCUUUGUGUAGAAAUACUGAUUAUUGUGGUGAGUGGUGUUUGCCAAGCACCAAAGUGGGGAUAAAACAUCCACUAGCCCCAUUUCUAUGGGGCCAAAUGCACCGGCCUCCCUGCGGUUUGCUGAGGACACCCCCUGCUGGCAGAAAGAGGGAGCAUGGCACACAUGCCAGACACUUGCCUGGUCUCCUGAUCUUGCCAUGCCCUUUUGCACCUCCAUGAUCUGUUCAUGCAAUUUAUUCUGUCUCUGUAUCCUCCUCCACCCCCAGCCUUCCAUACCUAGCUCAAAUGGGACCUCCUUGGUGACAUCUCAGCUCCCUGUUCUUCUCUCCUAUUGUACCCAAUAUAGUCCUCUACAGUUGCCCUUAGCACACCCUAGUGAAAGGAUCAGUGUACAAGCCUGUCCCCCUCCACUUCGCCUUUCUUCUACUCCCCCCACUCCUGUUAUCUAGACCAAAGGCUCUUCAGUGUGAGGGACCGUGUCAUCCUCGUCUUCAUUUAGCACAGGACCUGCCACAUGGUGGGUACUCAGUAAAUCUUUGCGGGAUGGAUGAACAUACUUUCACAUUGUGGAGGGUUGUGGAAUAAGGGCAGGGGAGAGAGUUCCUGUGCAAGGUGUUUUUACGUUGUAUUCUGACCCACACAAAUCUUGGAAGAUGAGUUCAGCUCUGAGGCAAGGAGGUGGAUUGAAUACUUGAGAUCAGGCCCAACAGACAGAUCUCAGACUGCAGGUGCUGGGCAGAGGGUGUCCACCAGUCAUGAUCUCAGGAAGGCAAUGAGGGCUCAGUCCUGAUGAGGAAGCCAGGGUGCUGGUUUGCUGCUGUGUCCCUCACACCCAGCUCCAUGCCUGGAGGACAGCAGGUGCUUACUAAUCACUACCGGCUUCUUGAGUGCCCAGGACAUGGUGAUGUGCAAUUGGAAACAAAACUCAAUUCUCUUCAAAUGCAUGCCAAUAAACUCACAUUCUUAUUUUUUUUAUUCCUGGAUGCAAUCUUGACAGGUCCCAUAGCCUUUCUAGUCAAUCUUAGGCCUCAAUUUUCUUUUCUUUUCUUUUUUUUUGAGACAGAGUCUUACUCUGUCGCCCAGGCUGGAGUGCAGUGGCACGAUCUUGGCUCACUGCAACCUCUGCCUCCUGAGUUCAAGUGAUUCUCUUGCCUUAGCCUCCCGAGUAGCUGGGACUACAGGCGUGUGCCACCAUACCUGGCUCAUUUUUUCUUUUUUGUAUUUUCAGUAGAGAUGGGGUUUCACUGUGUUUGCCAGGAUGGUCUCGAUCUUCUGACCUCGUGAUCCAACCCCCUCUGCCUCCCAAAGUGCUGGGAUUACAGGCGUGAGCCACUGCGCAGGGCCAGGCCUCAAUUUUCAGGCUGUGAAAAGUCCGGCCUGAAGUUCAAUCUCGUCUUCUCAAAGGCCCUCUCUUGCCUGGACUGGCUUUUGCCCUGCAGCGGGGAAGGGCAUGUGGGUAGCUUCUUCACUGUCUCCCCUCUGUCUUUUCAGCCCUCCUUCCCCACACCGUGUGUCCUCUGGCUCUUCUAAGUGGGGGAAGCAGGAGGAGAGGCAGUGGUCACAAAGGUCUUCUCACUGGCAUGUUUACAAUCUGGCCUUGGUGGCCUCCUUGGGUGGUGGAUGCUUGAACGCUGACCCCUGGGGUGGGCUCCCCAGCUCAUGAUCUCCUGAUGUAGCUGCUGCCUUCUUCAGGUGGCCUCCCGGCCCCUGCCCCUGGCUUCCAGGAGAAGUCUCCACACAGACUCCUUGCUGGGUGGCCCUGUCCUGUAGGCAGGCUCCCUUUGUGGGGAUCCCUGUCUGGCCACAGGACCCCAGCAUUGCUCCAACAUCAAUCGGCUUCAGCCUCAGGCCUCUCACAGACGCCCCUCCUCAUCUGCUUUGGGGCAGGCAGCCUCUUGCCUUUGGACUUUUAUAGGUGUGAGUCAGGAAGAAUUUCCUGUAUCCCCCAAUUCUACAGGACACAGCUCACGCUCUCUGAGGGGUUCUCUUACAGCUCCUCUCACUUGGUUGAAGGGGGAAGGAGGAAACUUGCCCUCCUUCAUGGAGGUGAGGGUGGGCAGCACGUGGCGCCCUCACCCCGCCCUCUCUGAGCAGUCCCCAGCCUUUCCUUUCCUUGAGGUGAGGGGAAGAUAAAGUCACUGAACUGUGUUUUUGGUUCACCUCCCACCUAGAAAUUUCUCCAUAGAUGGUCAAAAGCCUCUCUUAAGAAUAUAUAGAAACUUAAUGCCCUUUGUCCUCAGCUUUGAGACCAACAUAAAAAAGGAGCUGGUGACAAAGUUCUAUUUUAGCAUUCCAUUACAUGAGGGCUUGUAGAAUGAAUUGUGAACAACUGGACUUAGAAUAACGGGGCCUGGGGGUGAGGGUUGCUUCCAGGAGGGCUUCUGGGUGGAAAAUGGGGCUGUGGGAGUGGAAGGGAGGGAUGGCAGGGGGCAGCAGGGGAGCCGGCUCCAGACCCCCAGGCAGACUUGCACUUGAAUCUUGGCUUUCUUUUUUCUUGGUUGUGUGUUCUUGGGAAAGUUACUUGUUCUCUCACAUUUGCCUCAUCUCUGAAAUAGGGACUAUUAUAGUUAGGAUUAAAGAGAUAAUGUCUGCAGGACACGCUUCACUCUGGUAGUAUCAUUUUUGGUAUUCCUGUUCCUUGGGUGUGUGUGUGGGGGGUCUGUGUCAGCAGGAGGGGAGUAGGUGGGGCGAAGCCUUCUUGGCUCUGCUGGAAGCACCAGGAGGAGGAUGGGUGGGAAGAGGGAGACAUGGGGGGAGGAAUUCAGUGCAGAGGUGAAGUCAGUUUCUGGCCCCUGGGUGGAGUGGCUGUUAGGGGAGAAAGCCGUGCCCACUGAGUGUGUCCUCACCCUGUCCUGCACUGACAGCCUUCUCAUUCCAUGUCUGUGUGGGAGGCCCAACUCAGCCUUGGGCCUGGCCUCUGCAGAGUGGCCCACGUGGGCAGGGUCCUGUGCUCUCUGAGCCCUCUGGGUUUCUUUCUUCCCCCUUCCCCUCUUCAGGGCCAGCUCCUGCUCUCUGGCUGACCCGCCACAGGGAUCUGGGCCUUGACCCAGGCAGCUGACUCAUGUGCUCUUUGGAUUCUCUGGCAAAAAAUGUUGCAGCCUCCCCCACCCUGGCCUUGGAAAUGGAAAUUCUUGUUCAAGGAGCUGGUGAAGAUAGUCAGCUGCAUACAGCUGGUGGGUCAACUGGGACCAGGUGGCGGGUGUGAAAGGGCUCAGCAAGUUCAGAGCAUCCUGCAAAGGGCUGUGGAAGCUAGCCGGUCUUUCGUGUCAUUCCUGCAUUCAUUUUCACCCACACAGGUCUGACCACCGUCUCUUCCCAUUUCUGAUAACCUCAUUCCUAGCGGAACUUUCUCUCCCCAUUUUUAGUGGUUCUGGUGGUGCUCCCAAUCAUACUGCCUCACUCCUACCUGUCACAGCACAGGCCUGGCUGAUCCGAUAGCCCUGUCCCUUGAUGCCUGGCACCCUGACCAUGCCUACCUUGCUCAGCCCCUUGUAGUCCUGUGACAGAGGAAGCAGAUGAGAGGUGGUGGCUCACUGCCCAUGUGGACCUGGGUGCCAUGUGGCUGUGCGUACAGGGGUGAUGUAGCAAGAAGGAUUUUGUAGCUGAGAAGAAAUUGAAUUUGGAACCUAGAGGUUGGAUCCAGGUAAUAUGGUUUCCUAAAGACAGUUUAGAGACCAUGUGAUAUGGUUUGACUGUGCACCCACCCACAUCUCAACUUGAAUUGUAUCUCCCAGAAUUCCCAUGUGUUGUGGGAGGGACCCAGGGGGAGGUAAUUGAAUCGUGGGGGCCGGUCUUUCCCAUGCUAUUCUCAUGAUAGUGAAUAAGUCUCACGAGAUCUGAUAGAUUUAUUAGGGGUUUCCACUUUCGUUUCUUCCUCAUUUUUCUCUUGCUGCUGCCAUGUAAGAAGUGCCUUUGGCCUCCUACCAUGAUUCUGAGGCCUCCCCAGCCAUGUGGAACUGCUUUUUGAAAGCAAAGAUGAGCAACACUCAAGCUGAGAGGUCCAUAAUAGGCAUGAUCGACAUGUUUCACAAAUACACCAGACGUGAUGACAAGAUUGACAAGCCAAGCCUGCUGACCAUGAUGAAGGAGAACUUCCCCAACUUCCUUAGUGCCUGUGACAAAAAGGGCACAAAUUACCUCGCCAAUGUCUUUGAGAAAAAGGAUAAGAAUGAGGAUAGGAAGAUUGAUUUUUCUGAGUUUCUGUCCUUGCUGGGAGACAUAGCCACAGACUACCACAAGCAGAGCCAUGGAGCAGCACCCUGUUCCGGGGAAAGCCAGUGACCCAGCCCCACCAAUGGGCCUCCAGAGACCCCAGGAACAAUAAAGUGUCUUCUCCCACCAGA